GUGCUUUGAGAGAAAAUGAAAGCAGCACUAUCAACACUAAUCAGCUCCAAGAAUCUCAACCCUCACUCCUCCUCCUCCUCCUCCUCCUCUCUCUGCCGCUCCAUUUGCCUCCGCCCGAAGCCUCUCUCCCCUCCGCCGUAUUUCCUCUCUCCAAUCGCACCCUCCAAAGCCCUCACCACCAACAUCCGCAUCGGUCUCAGCCGCAAGUCCCAGACCCGCUCUGCAAAUUUCUCGUCGGUAAUGGCGUCGGUUUACAAGCCCGAAGAAGCCAGGGUCCCGCCUGCCCUUCCCCUGCCCACUCCUCCCGUCACCAAGUUUAAAAUUGGGUUGUGUCAGUUGUCUGUGACGCCGGAUAAGGAGAGGAACAUUUCCCAUGCUCGCAAGGCCAUCGAGGACGCCGCCGCAAAGGGUGCCCAGCUUGUUCUUUUACCUGAAAUUUGGAAUGGUCCAUAUUCAAAUGAUAGCUUCCCGGUUUAUGCUGAGGACAUUGAUGCAGGCGGCGAUGCAUCUCCUUCAACAGCCAUGCUGUCUGAAGUUGCUCAACGUUUGAAGAUCACCAUUGUUGGUGGAUCUAUAGCGGAGCGUUCUGGGGAUCGGUUGUACAAUACUUCUUGUGUCUUUGGCACCGAUGGAAAGCUGUUGGCUAAACACAGGAAGAUACACCUAUUUGAUAUUGACAUCCCGGGGAAGAUUACCUUCAUUGAAUCAAAGACUCUCACAGCAGGGCAGACUCCUACCAUUGUGGAUACAGAAGUUGGACGUAUUGGCAUUGGUAUCUGUUAUGACAUUAGGUUUCCGGAACUAGCAAUGAUUUAUGGAGCAAGAGGUACUCACUUGAUAUGCUAUCCUGGGGCUUUUAACAUGACGACUGGACCGUUGCACUGGGAAUUAUUGCAGAGGGCAAGGGCUACAGAUAACCAGCUAUAUGUAGCAACUUGUUCCCCUGCUCGGGAUGCUGGAGCCGGUUAUGUGGCAUGGGGCCACUCCACCCUUGUUGGACCAUUUGGAGAAGUACUGGCAACGACAGAACAUGAAGAGGCAAUAAUCAUAGCAGAGAUUGAUUAUUCAAUUCUUGAGCUUAGAAGGACAAACCUUCCCUUACUGAAGCAAAGACGAGGCGAUCUUUACCAGUUGGUAGAUGUUCAGAGGUUAAAUCCUCAAUGAUUGCAAAUGGGUAGAAGAUCCCUCUUAUGCCUCUAGGAAGGAAAGUGGCGGGGACAAAUUGCAUUUCUUAGUGCGAAUAAUGAGGGCCUGUUGUUAUCAUCGAAAACCCGAAUUAUUGUGUGUAUUUAGUAACAAGGGAAAGCGAACCCUUGACAACGCAUGUUGUGAACAUAAACCAGACUGGAGCUUAUCAAAUCUCGGUUUCAGAUUGUUGUGAA